CAGUCUCACGGCAGUUCGUGAUUUGGUCACGUAAUUUAAUCUAUUUAUUCGUGGCAGGGGCACGUUUAUUUCGUUAUUUUCGUAAUUGCAGCACGUUUUUUAAACUAAUGCAUUUCAAUUGGAUGCAUCUUUCGUGCAAUAGCACGAUUCUUUCUGCCAGUCGGGCUGCAGCGGAGAAACUGUUUAAUCAACAUUUAUUCACGAGAUCUUAUCACGGUGCUGCUGGCUGCUAGCCAUUUUGGUGGGCUAACCAUAAUUCCUUUAUGAUUUUAAACAUACAGACAGUUUGCCAGUGUUUUAUAUACUGUCAAAGUUCGUCAGGGGCUGCGCAAAUUGCGCAAUCCGACGGAGUUGUUGGGGGCACAUCUAGAGCAAUUAAAUUCUCUUGUUAUGCAUGUUUUGUUAUGCCUGAAAGGUGCCUAAUAAUACUGAAAUAAUAUCGGCAUUAUAAUGUUUAUUGAUUUUUCAUUAGGAUAUUUUUGGUGACCCUUCAGCCAGUCGGUGUUACGCACAGCGCGUCGUGGGCAUUGGUGGCAGUGGCGGCACUGAAUAUUAAUUAUGUAUUAUUAUUUCUGUCUGUAUCGGUUAUUAUUUCGAAGCUGGGUUGCUUUGCUGUUUUUUGAUAUUUUUAAAACUAUAACGCUUCAUCUAUCAACAUUUACUUAGAUGUUAAUCAUUGUAUUCAUUCAUUUCUUUAUUUUAAUAAUAUUUUUUCGGUUUUAUUACCGGUGAAAUAUUACAGUAAGCCAGAACACGGGCCGAGCGGGGCUCAUUCUAAGCCCAUUAGCCACAAUGUAAUGCGGACAUUAUUUCACAGAAUCUGACAGCGAUCAGCGAGGUCAUUAACGACAGUAUAUGUUAUCACAUUUUUAAGCAGCCUUUACAAUUUAUUUUAGAGUCUUAGUCCAAAGUUUUUAAAAAACGAAAAGCCCAGAUCUGUGACGUAGGCCUAUCUCUGCUAAAUACAAUUUAAAAACGUUUAUGAUGCUCUUUAUUUUAAGUUUCCCUUUUUUGUUAUUUUUAUUUAAAGUAUAUUGUUUAUAAAUGUGAAGUGUAAAGUAAUAUGUCAAGGAAUUGAUAUUGAAUUCUGUCAUUUUAAAACUUCAACAAAAAUUAAAAAAGAACCAGUGCGCACCUUAUAGCAAAAAAAACUUUUAAUUUGUGUUUUUGUCACCAGCAAUACAGUACGUUUAGUGAGUUUCUUCGGAUGCCCUGUUGAAAUAAAAAAAAAAUAUUGUGAUUAAUUUAAUUUAAUUUUCGUUUUUAAUUUUUUUUUUUUUUACAAUAUCCGGAUGAGGGGUUGGAUGACGGAGCUCUCGUCUCGCGCCAAUUACUUACUUCCUCUCUGGAGUCGUUGAGUAAGAUUCUACCAACCUAACUUACCUGCUAUCACUAGUAGAUCACCACACCCAAAGGCCCUUUUAAGCGCCAACCUAUCUGAAUUUGUGCACUGUUUGUCUUUCGGCCUGUCUCUUAUCUCUGUCUGCCCCUUUGUCCAUCUUAGUGUCUGUCGUCUUUUUUCUGUCUGCCCCUCUGUCCAUCUUAGUGUCUGUCUUUUUUCUGUCUGCCCCUCUCUCCGUUUUUGUGAUGAACACUACACGUGUCACCGACUGUCAAGAUGGCAGUUACAUGGAGGGGAGACGGAUGGCUCUUGAAAUGAGCUUAGAACAUGUUCUGACGGAAGCCAGGAAAGAAUCCAAGGAGCAGAGGCAAGUUUCCCGUCCGCCAAUCCCAAAAAGGGUGUGUUUAGGGCUUGGCAAGCCAAGGGGGAGGCGUGGGGGGAGGCGUGGAGGGCGCCCCAAAGCCUCAGCUACCGUUCCACACAACCAGAUCAGGGACUACUUGGUCAAUGAAGAGCUUCCUGCAGCCAGUCUUGAUCCUCAAGUGGAAUUUGAAAAAAACAUGGAGAGCCUCUCUGCUAUGAUGUCUGAAUCCCCUGAAGUCCAGAGGGCAGCAUCAUCAUGGACUUUCAGGCAGCAACAAGCCGCACAGAGAUGGAAGGAGGCAAGGCCAUUUCACCUUAAAUGCCUCAUCCAAACUCAGGAUGUUGGCCAACCAUUUUGUAGCCAUUGCAGCAAGCCUGCUGUUGUAAGAUGCAGAGAGUGCCUACCAGACCAGUGGUUCUGUGAAACCUGCGAUACCAGUAAUCACAGGAGAUGGCCACUCCACGAUAGGGAGUCAGUCCUUGAGGGCUUUUUUAAAGCUAUUCCCCCAUCCACAUAUUUUGUAGGAGGGGAGGGAGGUUACACCUCACAUGACCAAGCUUGUAUUUUGCCAACGGUGAGAGUGACUCAGAAAUGUCCCUGUGAAGUCCCUAGUAUAACUGUGUCACCUGGCAAAGCAGUCAUUUUAAUUUCCAUCAAUGGGCGUUAUGACAUGCACCAGCCAUUGUUUGCAUGCCAAACAUGCCAGCAGCAGUGGGCUCCAGAGUUCAUGGACCUCGUGAACAGUGGAUACUGGCCAGCUUCCACCAGCUCUUCUACUCUGUAUACCCUCAAUCUUUUCAGCAGUGUAAGAGAACUGAAAAUCAUUGCGCCGGCACUGUCCAGACAAGCCUUUGCAAAGCUGUUGGAACAUCGUACAAAGUGUGGUGGGCGGUCAGGACCAGUAUGUGGGGACACGCUGCAGCGCAGCUUUCUGGAGUUUUCCUAUUGUGCUUUUGAGGAAGACAACUUGUCCUGCGGUGCACCUUUCACCUGCCCCGCUUGCACCCCAGACAUGCUGGCAAUUUCUGUGGAUGGCAACAGGAAGCUAUACCGGUUUCUUCGAAACGGAAGCUCUGACUCUUCAUUUUUUGAAGGGGCAUUUAUUGCAGAAGACAAAUCUGUGUCUGCAUUUGUUGAUGCCUUGCAUAAAGCUGUGAAACAGCUACCUGGACAAGGCAGAUGUGGGAGCUCUUCGUGGACAGCAGCGAAGGAGACUUCUAGGAGGACCUUCAAGUUGGACGAAGAGGGCAUGGAGGUUGCGGUGUGUCGGCAUGGUUUCCUCCUUAAAGCACUUAACAUGUUUAGAGGUGAAAUCUUUGCCUACCCCAUGUAUCUGCACAAGGAGUUGAUGAGUUCAAAGCCAAGGUUUAUCGCCAUGGAUGUAAUGUGUAAAUACUGGCCAUAUUUACACAAAUCAGCAAACAUCCUUCCUGAUCUCCAGGGGCUAACAUCAAUCAGACCUUUUUUAAGUGUCAUGCAUGCUACAGCACAUUCCACCAAGUGUGAGAUUACAUGGAGUGGCAAAAACCAAGAAGGAGCAGGGUCAACUGCGGGGGAGGAAGUUGAACAGGUGAACAGCUACCUCUCCCGCUGUGCAUUAACGACCAAAUACAUGUCGAAAGGAGCACGUGUGGAUAUGCUUACCAUCCAUGCUAUGGCCUGGAACGACAAAAAAAACACUACACUACAUCGGGCAUUGUCGGCAAGAUAUGUGAAGACUUGCCAGAGGCUUCAGGAGGAGACUGCAAGUCUAGCGGAGCUUAAAGAAAGCUUGGCUUGCACCGAUGAAGCAGUGUGGGUUUCUGAUGUGAGGGAAUGGGCAGCUGGUGACACAACAGGUACUUCCCUUGAGCAGUCCAUUGAGGGACGUUACCUUAACCUCAGGCAGCGGAAGCAGGCUCUGUACCGCCAAAAUGAUAGUGGCAAGUUCCGUCACCGGCUGCGGAGGAAAAUUGCUGAGAGCAAGAGACUGCUAGUGAAAGACAUUGAGACCUAUAAUAGUCAUGAGCCUGCCAUGCCAAUUGAUUUAAAUGAAGUGGAGCAGUCGCUAUCAGGAGACAACCCAUCCCCAACAUGGCCAUGGGAGGUUCAUGGCAGUGCACAAAUCGAAGACAAGUUAAAAGUUUUUAACAAAGCCAUGCUGAAAAUGAGACUGGAGGAGGAAAGGACAAUACUUGUUCAGGAGAUGGCCCAGCACUGCUCAUGGUUGCAGAGGUUGCAGGCAACUCUUACAAGAAAAACUUCAGAGGAAGACAAGCGAAACAAGGGCCUUUCCUGUCUCUGCAGAAGACGACUGUCUGAAGUUUCGGAUCUGUUGAAAGAGGUGCUCUUACAAUACAAGGCUGUUUUAGGCCCUCAGGGCUCUGCUAUAGAACUGGAAGAGAAUGAAAGUGAUUUCAGCAGUCCAGACACCAGUGAAAAUGAAGAGGAGGAGUGCAGGGAGGAGCUACCGGGCAGGUGUAUGUAAUUGCUUGAUUGCGGCCUGGGGAGUGUAAAAGGACUUCAUGGAUGUAAUUCCGGGAUUCUUCCGUGUGGCUCAAUCAGCUCCCUUGUUCAGUAGUCAGGGCACUGAUCAGGGAGUCGGCCAUUUUAAGGGCUGUCUCAAUUGCAAAAUCCGUUCAGUGCACUGGAACAUUCUUUCCUUAAAAAUUCCCACAAUGCAACGCAACAACCAGUGAGCAUCCAUGGUCCCUAUGUUCCCUAACCGGAAAUCACGUAACCUUUUCUGAAGCUCGCCAACCGAACAUCAUGUGAUCCAACUCAAUAAGUUUUAUGAAAUGUUACAGAACUUUUAUAAAGACAAACGUUUGUUUUAGUUGUAAAUAUAAACACACAUUGCUACACAGUAAGGGACCACAAUCUACUCAAUAUUUAAAAUAAUAAUAUUUAUUUAAAAUUGUAAAUAUAUUUAUUACAUUUAAAAUGUAAUUAUAUGCCUCCAAUUUUAUGCACAUAUAUGUAAGAGAAUAAUGACAGCAUUUUUCACAAUGUACUGUUUUUAAAAUUAAGUCAGAGAGAUGUUGGUUUUGCUGGUUGUUGAUGAGUAUCAGCUGUGAGUGAUUACAACGCGCUUAAGCAGCCACGUGACAGAAAAAUAACUGAACAGUGUCCCAAUGUGAAGUGAGCUAGGGUCCUUACCAGUGCCCGAACCUGUGUACAUGAUAUACUGAUUCACAACCUCGGGAGCUAGGGAACGAAUUGAGACACACGGCUUCUCUCCUGUAUCACAUUGUUUUGUUUUUUGUUUGCCUUUUUGUCAUAUGACUGAUUACGCCACACUUUUAUUUCAUACCAUAUCAUUUAUACUGAUUAUUGCUUAUUUCUCAUUUUUCGUCUUGCAUAUUUACUGUAAUAAAUUACUAUAAAAUAAACAAAUCACUUUUUUGUAUCUUUA